AUAUAUAUAUAUAUAUAUAUAUAAUGGUCAAAAUGCAGUUAUAUGUAUGGAGCCCAGCUUUAGGAGCACCCUCUAUUGAUCCCAAGUGUAUUGUCAUUGAAUCUUAUUUACGAGUUUUGGAAUUGGAUUAUACUGUCGUACACGCUAACGAUCCUCAAACAAGUCCCACAGGUGAAUUACCAUUACUCAAACAUGGUGCAACUUGGAUUGCUGGUAUUGAUCGUAUUCUUUCUUAUUUGGUGAAACAACAAUUCGAUGCUAAUGCUACAUUAUCUCCUGCUGAAAAAGCGGAUUAUCUAGCAUAUAAUGCUCUUGUUCAGGAGAAACUUUAUGAUUGCAUGCUAUUUACUUGGUAUGCUGACAUGACCAACUUUGUUAAAUCGAUUCGUCCUACCUAUGCGAAAUUAUUAUCAUUUCCUUCUCGUUAUUUUGUACCCAUUCAACUGAAAAAGACUGCAAAAUCUCGACUUGCAAAAUACGAUGUGGAAAUUAUCUCGGAUGAUACAACUUUACCUGAAAAUGAAAAGGAUGAAAUGAAGGAACUUCAACGCACUGGAUGGCAUCAAAUGUAUCGAUUGGCAAGAGAAACUUAUCAUGUAUUAAAUGAUAAACUUGGUGAUAAGAAAUAUAUGUUUGGUGAUAGUGCAACGACUUUGGAUUGUAUUGUCUUCGGAUAUCUAUCUUUACAUUACUAUCCCGAUCUUGCUCAUAAUCGAUUACAACAUAUUUUGAAGGAAGAAUACCCAAGACUUGCAAGAUUUUGUGAUCGAUUCCAACAGACAUACUUCUCUGAUCAGAAAGAUGUCGAAAUAUCUGAACCAUCCGAUGAUAUUCCCUCUUUAUGGCGUACAAUGAUCAAUAAUCCUCGUGGAUUUCUCAGUAGUAUCAAGGAUGAUGCAGUACAAUACAUGUCAAGUAGUGAUAAAAAGAAGAAAAGAAGUGAAGCUCAAUUGGAUUUUGAACGAAAACGCAUAUGGUCCAUUGCUGGUGGGGUCACUUUUUUAUUGGCUUAUAUUAUUUAUAACGGAAUCAUUAGUGUAGAAGUAGUAGAUGAAGAUGAUCAAUAUUACGAUGAUGAUGAUAAUCAAGAUGAUUAUGUGUAUGAAUUAGAUGAAUAAUAAAAAAAGAAUGCUUUUUGUCUUUGCCUCU